AUGGCGGGAACCCAACAUAAACGCCCAAGAGAAGAAUCCUGUGAAGAAGAAGCAGAAGCUAACAGAGUCGAGUCUGAUAAGCGUCAAAACACGUACAAUAGUAUACUCUCAAUUCUUGAAAAUGAACAAGAGUAUGACCCUAAUCAAGAUUUGUCUGCAAUUUUCACAACCCUUCAACAAGAACUCUCAUGUUCAAGUUCUACUUACACUUCCACCACCACCACCUUCGACUUUGACUAUCUGCCGUCAACGACGGAGGAAGAAGCUGAGUUAGGAUUAGAUUAUCAACAUGACCAAGCUGCCGGCGGUGGUGGCGGUAAGGAAGAUGAUGAAGAGAAAGACGACGGCGUUAGAGUAAUGAAACACCUCCUUGAAGCCUCUGAUGACGAGCUUGGGAUACCUAACAGAGCGGAUGAAGAAACAAAUUCCGGCGAAAAUCCUCCUCCCUCUGCUUUAUCCGAUGGACCGUGGGAGCUUGAAGACGAGACUGCAAAUUACUACACGAUUUUGCAGUCUGAAUUUUUUAUGUAG